UCUCUCCUCCCCCCCUAAAGACUCGAUUUUUUUCUUCCUUUAGAUUUCAGAUUUUAUUCCCAGUUAUCAGAUUAGAUUUUCCUCUGGAGCCAAAACCCUGAGAUUUUUGGGACAAUCUCUUUGACACUCAUUUAUCUUAAAAUCCCGAUAACCUUUUCCGUUAAAGCCUUAAAGGUCCAUUUUUUCUUAAAUGGUCUUUAAAUAUUUUCCUCAAUUCUGCGUUUUUAAAUAAAAGAAAAAAUCCGAGCUGAAUAAUAAUCUUGGGGUCUGAUUUAAAGGACAUAUCUUUGUUGUUGAUUGGUUGACACAUCCCUCUGUUCUUUUUCUGAUUCUCGGAAAAGGGACCAAAAAAUGGGUGCGCAGAUUAUACUGUGUGAUGGCUUCGAGGUGGUUCCUCCGCCGGAGAUGAACGACCUAAUACUCUUUGGAAGCGACCAAUCUGGUGGAUCAAAUUGCGAUGACUCAACGGUCACGACCGAAGAAGACGGCACUGUUUUUUCCGGCGAUAGUUCACCGGGAGGUGCGGCUGAAGAGGAAUGGCCUGAAGCUAAGCCUUUCUCUUUCUACUUCGUUAAACAACCAGCUUAUGAUGAUCCCGAUAUCAAAGCCAAGAUCAAUGAAGCUGAUUUGGAGAUUUAUCAGUGUAAUAAACGCAGAAUUGAUAUCUCGAAUACUCAGAAAUCCGAAAGGGCUGAGAUUUCGUCUUUGUUUGCUCAAAUCGAGAGUUUGAUUCCUAAAUCGGAUGGAUAUAAAAUGGUUUUUGAAGAGAAGAAGAGGGAAUUUGAUACUCUGCAGGAAGCUCUACGGAAUCUCCGGUGCUCUAGUAGUGAUCAGCUUUGUUUUUCCAAGGAGGAACUCGAUCAUCUUAUCUACAUAGCACAUUACGUGAUUGAGCAUGGAAGCACUGGUUUGGAGGAAGAAGAUUGGGUGCUUAAGGAGACCGAGAAGCCCGAUGGGAUAAUUGUAAGUGAGGAUUCUCUUGCAAAGAAAGAAACUUCCAUAUACAGUCUUAAGUCAAUGGCUGUGGAAAUGAAUGAAGUAAAGAAGGACCUCGAUGAAAUUACAUGGAAGAUUAACCUCUUGAGUGACAAAAUGGGACAGAUUCAGAACAAGAUCAUGGUUUUGGAUGUAGAAAUGGCACUCGUACUUGAGAAGAGAGACAAAUCCUAUGAAAGGAUUAAGAUGCUGAGGAUACAACGAGACAAAGGGAAUGCCGCCUUUUUCCAGAGCCUUGCUGUUAUGAGGAAAGCUAAAGAAUUGGCUGCUUCUGGAAAUGUGAGAGAUCUUGAAGUGUUUGCUAGCUCUGAGGAUGAUAGAUUCAUGACUCAUUGGAACCAUGACAAGGCUUUUAGAGAUGAUUACGUAAAGAGAAUCUCGCAUUCACUCUAUGAAAGAAAAAUGAGCCGAGAUGGGCGGAUUAGAGAUCCUGAAGUUCAGGUUGUUCGGGAAAAACAAGCGCCGGUUAAGACUAGAAAAGACGGUGUGGCAGUUCACAAGACGAAUAGAGAAGAUUCCAGCUCCAACUCGUCUCUAAAUGGAGAUGCAAACACCGAUAAUCGAAAGAAAGACGUGAGGAAAAAGGCAAUAGAUUUCAACAGGUCGAGUGCUGAGGAGAGUGAUGUUACAGAUUUGGAAUUCCCUGUGUAUGAGAAUCCAAGAAAGAAAGAAGAAGAAGAGGUGGAUGAAGAAACUUUGAAGGAGAGGAAACGAGAAGAGCAGUUAGAGAAAGCUCGGUUAGCGAUGGAAAGGAAGAGGAAGCUACAAGAGAAAGCUGCUGCUAAAGCUGCUAUAAGAGCUCAAAAGGAAGCUGAAAAGAAACUCAAGGAUUGUGAGAAGAAAGCGAAGAAGAAAGCUGCUGCAAACUCUUCUUCUCCUUCAGAAUUAGACCAAUCACGAGAAGUAAUCAAUGAGCUGGAAAAGGUUAGAACUUUAGCAGUUUCAGGGAAAGAGAAACACCAGAAGGAGAGAUCAUUGUUUCCAAAGCAGAGAAGUUUCAGGUACAAACACCGUGGAAGAGGAACCGAAGCUCUACCUAAAGCUAUCCUAAACCGUAGAAGGGCUCACAGAUAUUGGGUUUGGGGACUUUCUUCUGCUGCACUUGCUCUUGCUCUCUUCCUAGUGGUUUUACUUCUGCGGUGUUGAGAAAGGAAAGAGACAUCCAAAAGGUUUUGAAUUUACUACCUUAACUGAAAAGGAGAUAUAGUGAGUGAAGGAGCAGGUGCUAGCUUUUAGUUCUUUUUAGUUUCAUAACCUUAGAUAGUAAAAUAUGUUUCUGUCUCUUUGGAGA